AUGGGAAUGCUUGAAAUCCCGGAACUAAGUCGAACAGGUAAUUUCACACUAUAUGCAAGCGAUGUUAGUUCGUUUAAUCGUCUGUUAAAUGAGCUGAUACCAAUUCUUGCAACAAAUGGACAGGCUACAGCCAAAAUAUAUGUGCCCCGAUCCAUUCAACGUAUCAAAGAUACGGGAAAAGUCGCGUUUGUUAAAAACGUCGACAUAGAAAUUCCUGAAGGUCGAAUAACUGAAGCAUUAAAGAACGUUGGUCUUGAUGCUAUUGAUGUUGUUCGACUGGUGAACAAAACUAAAAACGUUUCAACCAGAACAAUCAAAAUUACAUUCGCUGAUCCACAAAAUCGAAAUACUUUCAUUCGUACUGGUUUACAAGUGGAUUCAAUGCAUUUUGUAGCUGAAGCAGCAAAUCAAAACACCAAACCUGUACAAUGCUAUAUAUGUCUGAAAUACAAUCAUGUGGCAAAAUUCUGCAAAACGAAGCAACAGAUAUGUGCUCGAUGUGGUGAAAAUCAUCGCAUUGAACAAUGUACUGCUGCUAGUGAUGUAGUAAAAUGCUGUAAUUGUAAAUGUAGUCAUGUAGCAACAUCAAGUGAAUGUGCAACUUAUAAAGAACAGGAGAAAAGAAUUAACAAUUUAAUUAAUCAAUAUUCAGCUCCGAAUACACCAACAAAAACAGUUCCAGCCAUUCAUGACUUAAAUGAAUUUCCAUCGCUACCAAACCUCUUACAACAUCAACAAGAACAUAUUCAUAAUGAAUUAUUCGAUGAAAUUAUCAAUGUACUAAGCAGCAAAAUGGAAAAGAUUAUCGAAGAAACAACCAGCCGACUAUUCUAG